GACCAUGGGAGGGGUGUUGCCAUGUCAACGCCUCUUGACUCAGGCACUGCCGAGGGCAGCUCCGCACAGUGCGCAUGCGUGGAAGCGCUGCAGGGUCGCAAAGGCCCCUGCGGCCCGCACCUGCGCACUGGGGGUGACUUUGAGCGGGGCGGGAUGCUGAGCAAGCUGGUGGGGCCGCGUUACGUCCAGCUGCUCCAGAACUGGAUUCCCACCCUCAGUACGUGGGGUGGUGUAGCAGGUGUUGGUGUAAUAUGGGUCACAGACUGGAAGCUGGUGCUUCAAUAUGUUCCCUACAUCGGUGGCAAGUAUAAAACUGAAGACUAAGCUUUCCUCUCUUGGAAGUUUAUGGCUGGAUAGCGUGUUUUGGAGCCGUCCGUCCGCUGAGCCCCUGCUUUGAGGUGACCUUGCAACGCCCAGGACAGAUUCUGUGGCAGGUGAACAUGAACAAGUUUGGGAAAACAUUUGACUUCAGUGACCAGCCUGCCUGGUACUCGUCUUCUGAUCGCCUUCGCAGCAGAUCUUGUCCUCGUGGGAAUAAUUUAUAAACCUGAUAUACCAAAUAAACAAAGAGAAUGACA